UACGGCGAGAGAUAAACCCAUAUAGCUCGAGAGAGGUAAACGUUAAGAAUCUCCGAUUCGAUCCAAUGGCUGAAUUAGUGGUGAACUCUGCAGUUGAAUACAUUGAAAGCAUGAUUCUUGAAGAAUCAAACAAAGCAGACUUAUCCGGUGUUGAAUCUGAAGCCAAAGCGGUCCAAUCGGAGCUCGAAAGCAUAAAAAAAUUGGUGACCGAAAUCCGAUUGCACAACAAUGAAGUCCGCAACAAGGAGCCAGUCCGCACCAUCUUCGACAAGGUAAUAAAAAUGGCGUACGAAGCAGAGGAUGUUGUCGACACCUACGUUUCCGAAACAGAGUCAUCCCGAAACUUAAUUCUAGGGUUUAACAAACUGUAUCGGGCCCAUCAAACCACGAAGGAGCUUCGAAAACUUCGAUCCUCCAUGAACGAAACAAAAAGGUUUAUGGCGGAUUCAAUGGAAGACUCAAUCAAAGGUGUACGGACUCGUGGGUCUGAAUUUCCUAAGUGCCAUAUCCAAUCUGAUGAAGAAUAUGCUGUUGGGAUGGAUUUCGAUAUCGAAAAAUUGGUGAAGAUUUUAAUCAACGAGAAGGAUUGUGUUGAUGUUCUUGCGAUUUUGGGUAUGGGUGGUUCGGGAAAAACAACUCUUGCUAGGAAUAUAUAUAAUCAUGCUAAGAUCAAGAAGUAUUUUAAGUAUCAGGCUUGGGUUUCGAUGUCGCCAGGAUGGGUUCUUUCUGAUGUAAUGUCAGAAAUUUCAAGACAAAUCAAUGAUCAAACUGGUUUAUUUGAUGGGUUGUCUGAAUUUUUAAUGAAUGGUGUAAGAAGAAAGAAAUCUCUGAUUGUGUUGGAUAAUGUAUGGGACUGUGAUAAAUUGCAUGACGAAUUGCUGCCCAAAAUAUUCCAGCGUGAUGAUGGUGGUGAUGCGAAUGAUGAGCGUAUUAAGAUUGUAAUCACUAGUCGGCAUCGGCAUGAGCAUGACACCACUCUGAAAUGGUGUUUUCAUGUGAUGGAGCUUCUAAGUCAAGAAGAUGCAUCGGAUUUUUCUAACAAGGUAACAAUUGGUGAUGAUGAAGAUGAAGAUGAAGAAUAUGUUGUUGGGAUCGAUUUCGAUAUCGAAAAAUUGGUGAAGAUUUUAACCAACGAGAAGGAUUGUGUUGACGUUCUUGCGAUUGUGGGUAUGGGUGGUUCGGGAAAAACAACUCUUGCUAGGAAUAUAUAUAAUCAUGCUACGAUCGAGAAGUAUUUUAAGUAUCAGGCUUGGGUUUCGAUGUCGCGAGGAUGGGUUCUUUCUGAUGUAAUGUCAGAAAUUUCAAGACAAAUCAAUGAUCAAACCGGUUUAUUUGAUGGGUUGUCUGAAUUUUUAAUGAAUGGUGUAAGAAGAAAGAAAUCUCUGAUUGUGUUGGAUAAUGUAUGGGACUGUGAUAGAUUGCAAGACGAAUUGCUGCCCAAAAUUAUCCAGCGUGAUGAUGGUGGUGAUGCGAAUGAUGAACGUAUUAAGAUUGUAAUCACUAGUCGGCAUCGGCAUGAGCAUCACACCACUCUGAAAUGGUGUUUUCAUGUGAUGAAGCUUCUAAGUCAAGAAGAUGCAUUGGAUCUUUUUAACAAGGUAACAAUUGGUGAUGAUGAAGAUGAAGAUGAAGAACGAGCUAGAGAAUAUCGAGGUUUAGCAUUAUCGAUGUUGAACAAAUGUGGAGGUUUACCAUUAGCCAUAGUAGCCUUAGGUAAACUCCUUAAGAAAAAAGACACAAUCCAAGACUGGGAAAUUGUAUUUGCCCAAUUAACAUACAAGGAAGGUCCAAAUGAUCUAUACCUCCCUAUUAAUGAAAUAUUGGCAAUAAGUUACCAUGAUUUGCGUCAACAUUUAAGGCCAUGUUUUCUUUACUUUGGACUUUUCCCUCAAGAUUUCUCUAUCAAGGUUGGAUCACUAAUGAAAAUGUGGAUUGCUGAAGGAUUUGUACAGAAACAACACAAGGACGGAGAAACUUCAGAAGAUGCAGCAAGAAGAAUGUUACAAGAGCUAAUUGACCAAACAAUGGUUCAAGUUGUUAAGAGAAAUUAUUGUGGGAAGGUCAAGAAUCUACGAGUUCAUGAUAUAAUGAGAGAUCUUUGUAUCCAAGAAGCACAUAAACUUGAAUUUCUCACCGUACUUUCAUCGGAGUUUGUUCAACAUAAUGAAAUGGCCGGGAUGAAUUCCCGUCGAACUGCUAUCAAUCUUAGCAAGUUUUCCACCCUUCCCAUCCACAAUACACAUCUUAGAACUCUCUUCCUUCGAGGAAAUGAAAGACCUAGCAAACGGGGCGAAAAAGUGAACCAUCAUAUUAGUUUGGACUUGGCCCUUAUUUGUGACAAAUUCAAACUACUAAGAGUCUUAGACAUCAAUGGAAUCAAAGUCUUCGAUGGUGUAAUGCCUAAAGAAAUUGGAAACUUAAUUCAUUUGCGGUAUCUUCGAAUAAUAUCGACAAACAUAAGCGAACUUCCACAAUCCAUUGGCAAAUUGCGAAAGCUAUUAACCUUAGACUAUUGGAACGUUUCGGUUGAUAACAAUGGAAUAAAAUUGCCUAAUGUGUUGUGGAAGUUAAAACAUCUAAGGCAUUUAUACUUACCCUAUGAAAUGAAUAGUAUAAAGGACAACUUCAAGUUAGAGUCAUUAAAGAAUUUACAAACAUUGUGGGGUGUAAAAGGAGGAGAUUGGAUGAUCGACGAAAUGUCAAAGUUGAGCUCAAAACUCCGAAAAUUAUGCAUACAAGGAAUCUCAACGCCUAAGUUGAUUGAUUUGGUUUUUAAAUGCACCGCGAUCGACGUAGACUCUCUUUAUUCAUUAGCUUUGGAUUGGUAUGGUUUCGAGUUAAAGGGUCUUGAAGCAUUGUGUUCCAAACUCAGUUUAAAGAAGCUAAGUUUGACAGGAAAGGUUCUAGAUGAUUCUAAACCUAUUAAGUUUCCCACAAACUUGGAAAAAGUAGAAUUGUACUACACCCACCUUAAGAAACAGGACAGUUUGGCUGCUCUAGGGAAUCUCAAGUGUUUAAAGUUUCUAAGAUUAGGAAAGGAUUCCUACAUGGGAAAAGAAUGGAUUGGGAUCAACGCAACGACAUUUACAAGGCUCGAGGAGCUAAAACUAUCUCAUUUGCCGAAUUUAGAGAAAUGGGAGAUGGAGAAGGGAGCGAUGCCAUACCUUAAGAAGUUGUCGGUCGUAUAUUGUAUCAAUCUUACACGGAUUCCAGAAGGAUUAAAGUCUAUAAGUAGCCUGGAGAGAUUAAGCAUUGAACGAAUGCCGCGCAGUUUCAGUAGUAAAAUUCGAAAGGCAAGCAGUUCAAAAGGAGAAGGAGAAGACUUUAACAUUAUUCAACACAUCCCUAAAGUUGAAAUUCAGGAUUGUUCCGCCUCGUUUAAUUACUGAUCCAUGAGGACUAAAAUAAGCAGGGUAUGUUUCCUCGCUAAAUGUUGUUUUGUUGCAUAGCCAUUCAUUACAUUAUCUUGAUAAUCAUUUAUCGCCCGUUUGGUAAUCGAUACUACAUGAUGAGAAUUAGAAUGAAAUAUAUUGUACUACUCUAAAUAUUCAUGAUGUGUAUCACGUCCUUCCCAUGGUAAUGAAAGUUUGGUAAUAAAUAAAUGUUUUUUUAGUAAAGUUCGUCAAGAGAUAAACUCACCAAAAUUACACUAACUUUCCAUUACCAUUCUCUCCAUUUAUAACUGAUUAACCGUUAUUAUAUUAAUAUUAAUAUAAAUAUUGUUUUGUUGCUUAGUACACAUGAACAAUAUGAGGGGAGCAUUAUGCAGGUCCUUUGAAGAUAAAUAGACUGAAAUUUUACUUACUCAAGACGCCACAAAAGAUAUAAAAGACGUACAACUACACCAAGCAUGAUCCAAACUCAAAUACACCAAGCAUGAUCCAAAUUCAAAUACCCCUACAGAGCAAGGGUAGAUCGGAAAUUAUGGGUUGAUCUAAUAAUUGAAGAUUUUUCCUUUCAUUUCGAUGAUCGAUAAGAGUUCCAUUCUCCUCCUAUUGUCGACACCGGAUUCUCUAGCUUUGCCUGAUCAAAAUAAUAAUUGCCAAAAAAAGUAUGGGAAAACUUUUUUUACUAUAAGUAAACCUUUUUUGUGAUUAAUUUAACCCCUCACUUAUUACAUGCAUUUAUUAGUAUGAUAUCAAAAAACAUGUAAGAUGUAUAUACUAUUUAUGAUAUCAGAUAAAGAUCAAAAACAGUAAUAAUUACGAAAUUAGCAAGGAUGAUUUCGUAGCAUUUGCAUUCUGGUUAACGUGUAUUUAGAAUUUUAGAUACCUUCUGAUGUAUUUAUUAUUGGUCAAAACAACUCUAAUUAUGUCCUUCCUA